AUGCAAAACUCCAAAAAGACAAUGGCUAUGGUUACCGGUCCUGGCCCCUCGCUGGAAUACAAAGAAAUCAAUACCCCCAAGCCCGGCAGCGGCCAGAUGCUCGUCGAGGUGCAAUAUGCUGCCCAAAACCCUACUGAUGUUCAGAGCUAUGAUAUUUUCAUGUUCGGAGACGGUGCGGUGCUAGGCUGCGACUUUGUUGGCAAGAUUAUAGAGCUUGGAGAGAGUGUGACCAAGUAUAACGUGGGCGAUUUGGUUGCUUCGACGGUCUGGGGAGGCGAGACUAAAGGCAUCGGAGCCUUCGCGACUCACACACUGGCUGAUGAAAAGAUAUCCUUUAGGGUUUCUGACAUCUCCGAGGCUUCGGCUGCCACGAUUCCUCUGGCUGCAUGUACAGCUUGGCUGGCACUCUUCUCUGAACGCUGCCUAAACAUCGAUCGGUCCAGAAAAGAAAGUGUACUCAUUUGGGGCGGGAGUUGUAAGUUACCAAACCGCUAG